AAUAGACAUCCCAUGACAGACCAUGUACUUGCCCGGAAGAAGACCGCUGGUAGAGAAACCUGGUGUGUGAGCAGAUUCCUAUCCUCGCAUUCUUGCGAUAGCGCGACUGGCGCGUCUUCUCAAAGCGCCCUGAUCAUUCUCAACCAACCCAUAUCCAACAAGUCGUAUUUACAAAGAAUAUGGCAUAACACUGCAAUUCACUUUUGUGCUGACGGAGGUGCUAAUCGACUGUAUCACGCGUUUGAGGACAAUGAGGAACGGGAAAGAUACAUACCAGACUAUAUCUGCGGAGAUUUCGAUUCCAUUGAUACAGCAGUCAAAGAUUGGUAUGCGGCAAAGGGUACAAUAAUAGAUAACUCGAAAGAUCAAGAUACCACUGAUUUUCAGAAAUGCCUGAUGGUUUUGAACAAUGUCUACGAGCCCACUCCAGAAAAUGACACUCCACCGCCCGAAACGUCAACAUUAUCGAGACUUCUCUUUCCUCAUUGUCUUUCUCCAACCCUCGUGUCUGCUGAGGUCUCUCCACCCUCUCCGUCAAAAUAUGAAGUAGUUGUACUUGGGGCCUUGUCCGGCCGCUUUGAUCAUAUCAUGUCAAGCAUCCACACACUCUUCAUGGUCGCACCUGAGCGGAAAGUUUAUUUGGUGUCAAGUGAAAGCGUGGCCUUUCUGCUGAGGCCGGGUAUGCAUGAUAUUCGGUGCAACACAGAAAUCGAAGGACCAACCUGCGGGUUGAUUCCUAUAGGAGUAAACAUCGCCAGAGUUGUCACGCAAGGCUUGAAAUGGAAUGUUGACCAUUCUACACCAUUAUCUUUUCCUUCCCUUGUAAGCACUUCAAAUGCAUUUGCAGAAGGUUCCGGCAAUGAGCCGGUUGUACAUGUCGAAACGGAUGCACCAGUCGUGUGGACAGUGGAGGUGAACAUGCACUAAACAAAAUCUAGUAGACAUUUGGCACUUUUGGGCCACGCGUGCCGACAACGCAUACUUGGCCUUGCAAUAACACUGCAUUCUUCUGGAACGUAAACUGCUGAUACAUUUUGGCAGCCGUUAAGCAGUACACGCCAUCCUUCCGUAUAUACGUCAAAUGUGGUGCACCCACACGCUCGCUCACAUCCUGGGACACCAUUGGGGACGGAUUGAAACUGUUUGACAGAAAUAUAAUACGUGUAUUUACAAACCUCCUCGUCUGGAGAUUAUAUGUGUCGUCCAUCGGAUUGUCAAAUAUCUUCAACAGUCAUACAUCAAUAUCCUCUAAAUCGGA